GAUGAUGGUGGCGGGAGUAAUGCCGCCACCACGGGAUUUAGCGUUGUCGAUGCGAUGAGAAAGGGCUUAUUGGACCCGGCCACGGGAGAGGUCAUCGCCGAGAAUGGCGAGCGGAUUUCGAUUGAGGAGGCAUACUCACGCGGCUAUCUUACUAAGGUGGACGUGACCGUUAGGGUAACCCGUAGUGCCAUCGCACUCUCCGACGCAAUAUCGCAGAGUCUUGUGGACGAUCGGACCGGCCGCAUCGUCGAUAGGAUUACCGGCGAGUCUUAUCCAUUGGACGAAGCCGUUGACAAAAACAUUAUUGAUGCGAAUGUGAAAGAGAUUGUGGAUACAAGGAGCGACAGCAAGAUGACGGUGGCUGAGGCUAUGAAACACGGUAUAUUGAAUGCCAAAAGCGGUAGAUAUAUGCACGGCUUGUCGAUGGAGAAGCUGCCGUUUAAGGAAGCUCGUCGUCGGCAAUUGAUCGUCAAGCCGAUGACGCUCAAGGACUGUUGCGAUCUAGAAAUUAUCGAUGACAAAGGCAAAAUCGCCAGUCCAGCACAUCGUGGCAAAUUAACGAUAUUGGAGGCUAUAUCACGCGGAGUCUUAGACUCGGAGAACAUCAAGUCCAUAGUAGAUACUCGAACCAGCGAAAUGAUUACGCUAGCCGAUGCCUUAACCAGCGGUAUAAUUAAAGUCGACGGCACGUAUCGCGACAUGUUGAAGGAUGAAAAGUUCCCUAUUCCUCAAGCCGUCGAGAAAGGCCUGAUCACGUCGGUGACUCAGAAAAGUAUCUUCGACAUCGAUGGCUUUAAAGAUCCAGUUUCCGGCGAAUACAUUAGUUUGAAUGCGGCAUUAUUGAAAGGUCUGAUCAGCUCAAAGUCCGGCGGUACUUUCACGAUCGACCUGAAAACCGGAAAGACCGUUUCGCUGAGCGAAGCAGAAGAACAGGGUUAUAUUAGGCCGGAAGUACUGGAGAUGCUAAGCCGUGGCAUCGGCAUUACCGAGAACGGGCGCGAGACAAGCGUACUCGAGGCUGUGCUGCUCGGAUUGUUAGAUCCUAAGUCUGGUCAAUUGUUGGAUCCGCGUAGCAAAAGAAUAGUGCCUUUGGAGGAGGCGAUCAAACGAGGACUCAUUACUCCCGACGGUGCUGCACUGCUCACCAGUUUAUUGAAUAUCGCAGUCACCACGCAAACUGUGACGAAGACUAUCAGAAAAUACGUGACGACUCUGCAAACGGGUGAAACUGUUACAAGAGAUUACAAAAUUAGUUAUGAAGAAGCAUUAAGCAGCGGUUUGAUCGACGAAGGUAAAAAUGAAUUUAGGGAUCCUGAUUCGGGAGUGACGAUGUCCAUCAAAGAUGCCUUUGAGCAAAGUUUGCUCGGUGAUGACGUUCGCCAACAUGAACAUUCUCAGGAACGUACUUCGGAUUCGCUACAUACAACUUUCGAAAGUACUUUGAUGACAAAUAUCGAUGAAAUACCUAGAAGUAGAAGAAGUGAAUCACCACCUAGAGCAAUUGGCACGGUUACCACUAUUAUUACCAAAGAAAUUGCUCCGCGAGCAUCGUCUACACCGAUGAAAGAGUCAUCCUCAGUUACGUUGACGAUCGCACCAUUAGCGACGACUGAUUCUGUUUCUUUCACGCGAGAUUCAACUAAAGAUAUCUCAUCAUCGACAAAAGUUAGCGACUCGACCAAAUGGUCGAUUUCCGAAAUAACAUCGAAAACGAGUUCGUUCGAUCAAACUCAUGUAGUAAGUCAUGAUCCCAAAUCACCUUUGCGUGAUGAAAAACAAGAUAUGGAAGUAAUCACAUCAGUUACACCAACUACGAAUCGCACAUCAGAGAUCACGAAAUUCAUAAAAAACGAACGUCUUUUCACGAAUAAACAGGUGUUCGAAUUACCAACGGAUGGUUGGGCACUCGCUGAAGCUAUCGAUAAGAAACUACUUGAUCCUGUUACAGGUCUUUUCAUAAUUCCAGGCACCGACAGAUUGGUUUCUUUCGAAGAGUGUAUUAACUUGCAGAUCAUCAAUCCGAGUUCUGGUUUUGUUAUUGAUCCCUCCAACGGAAGAAAGGUGUCAUUGGUGCGAAGCUUAGAAAAGAAUAUUCUGGACUCUACGGGUCACUACUGUUAUCCACAAAAAAUCUCGAUGAGAGAAGCGGUUGCGAAUGGAUUAAUCAUAUUGGAAGGCGAAUCGAGCAUAGACAGCGAUAAUACUAAUCAGAGGCUUCUUCAGAUCACAAGAGUUUCAGGUGAGCCCGAUAAAGUAGAGUUGACGCGUGUUGGCGAUCCUUCUCAGCAAAUGGAAAUAAAAAUUAGCGACGAAAUGUCUAUGCCGGAUCCGGUGCAGGUAACUCAGGGAGUGAUUUAUGAUCCAGGAACGGCCUUAGUAAUCUCCACAAAAACUGGAAAAUCUGCGAAUCUCUUAGCCGCAGUUUCCGAAGGAACGAUACCGUCUACUGCUGUAAUUGUCAAAGAUCCAACGACAGGUAAAGACAUUGGCAUGGCGGAAGCUGUUAACCGCGGUAUUCUGAAUACUAAUACAUGCGAAUAUAAAAUCGAUGAUGGCAGAAAGAUAUCAUUGAUCGAUGCGGCAAAGUUUGGAGUGGUGGCUGUUCUUGGUGCUCCCCUUGCGGCCACCGCAGCCGCCAUAGAAGCGGUACAAAGGACGAUGGUCAAAGAUCCAAUAACUGGUAAGAAAGUGCCAAGAGAAGUCGCCAUUGAACGUGGCAUCAUUCCAAUGGACGAUAACGCAACUUCACCAAUUAUUGAAUCUGUGAGUGGUACGUCUGAUGAAAAUGAAAAAGUUAUUGUGAAACAUGUAUACGAUGAACCUGGAAAAGUUCAUGUAUCGAAAGAGGACGUUACAAAUAUAACUUUGAUUGAUUUGUCGAAAUCCGCCAAUGACGUUACGGAUGGCGAGAGUUUAGGCACGAAGACCAGAGCGCGAGUGACGGUCGAGCCGAGGUAUCAAGUUACGAUUGGUAAAGCGAAAACACUAUCACAAAGUCCGGAACAAGAAGCGAAACCUAUCGUUCUGCAGAAGAUGCGAAAGAGGAUAGUAAACGUCAAGGAGGCGUUGCAAAGUGGUUUCAUCGACAUGGAAACAGCAGAUACCUUCGCUAAGAAAAUGUGUAAUGAGAAAGGGGAUCCGAUCACUCUUUCUGAAGCAAUCCGUGACAAUCGAAUAGACGCCAAUCAAGGUCAGAUCGUGGAUCCACAAAGGGGCGAUGUGCUUAGUAUCAAGCAGGCUAUUGAUCGUGGAAUCCUUGAUUCAGAGAGCGCGCAUAUAUUAGUACCUUUGGCGAAAAGCUUGUCCGUUUCCAGUUUGUAUACGCAAGGUUUGCUAGAUCCUGUAGAGGGUAAAAUCGUUCAUCCAGAAACAGGCGUGCAUCUCACUCUCAACGAGGCUAUAGUAUGCGAGAUAGUAGAUCCUCUAUCUAACUUGAUGUUCACUGUUGAUGGCCAUACGGAAACGUUGCAGUCCGCCAUUGCGAACGAUACUGUCGAUGCAGAGAGAUUGUUGGUCAAAACGCAGAGCGGUAGCGUAGAUCUGGUGAAUGCGAUAGAGAACAAAGUACUUGAGUUAAAGGGACCGACUAAAUCUUCCAACAUACCGCCGGCGGGAAUGACGUUCCCCGUUGCAUUAAAACGUGGAUUGAUAGACAUCAGCAAGAAAGAAAUACGUCACCCAAUUACCGGAGAGCAUUUACCACUGGAGGACGCUAUAAAGACAGAUUUUAUCAUGGCAUUACCAUAUCCAGUGACUCCUGAUAGUAUCGAAAUAACGAAGGCUUUAGAAUCAGGAUUGAUUGACAGGGACAAGGCUACAUUCUUUCAUCCUACUACGAGAACUCCGAUUCCAAUUGCCGAAGCUGUCGAGUCUGGUCUACUCAUCAUCAAAUCGCCUCGUGAUGAAAACACAGCUGCCAUUACUGAAACAGUUACAUCGUACCACACUAUUACGACCAAGACUGUUGAGCUUUUGCCAGGUUAUGCGCUGAAGAACCCAACGGAAGUACAAGAUAUUAAUACCAAUAAUGUCAUUACUAUUGAAGAGGCACGACAAAGAGGUAUCAUUAAGGAUGUAUCUGAAACUAAACAGGAAUUCACGACGAAAGAUAUCAAGAUGUCCUUUAAUCACGCAGUGGAAAAAGGAUUCGUAGAUAUGGAAAAGGGAAUUUAUACUGAUCCUUGCACCGGUAUCAUAAUGCCUAUUGCUAAAGCCGUUGAGGAAGGAAUCCUCGAUACUUCAUCUAGUAAGAGUAAAUCCGUAACACCCAGAAAAUCUCCCAAUAACAGUUUGACUGUGUUAGAAGCGGUCGAGCAAAUUUACGAUGAAAAAACUGAGACAUUUAAAGAUCCCGAGACGAACGAAUCUUACAAUUUGACAGAAGCAAUGAAAGUGGGGCUAAUCGAAUCCGACUCCGUACUUUAUAAUGUGAAAACUAAAGAAUCUAUCACUACCAAAGAGGCACUCGAGAAAGGUUUGCUCGAUCCUGCCACUGGAAAAAUGAAGAUUGCGCGAGAUCAGAAGGAUCAUUCGAUUAGCAUAGCGGAAGCUGCGAAAAUGGGUCUCUUGGCAGUCGUAGCCGCACCAGUCUUGGCUGGAAAAGCAGUUGUUGAUGCAAUUUCAAGUCACAAAUCUAAAGAGUCGAAGCCGAGUGCAUCCGUGACAAAAGUAUCUGUUUCAGCGAAGAAAGAAUCAAGUCCAUCUGCAAAAAUGAUUUCAAGUCAAAUUCAAAUUACCCAGAAAUCUCAUGUUGAUUCUCAAAGUGAAGAUAAAAUGUUGAGCUUGAUGGAAACGCAGAAACCAUUUUCAGAUGCAAGAAUUAUAGAAGAGAUCCAAACUACAGAGAUAGAAAUGGAAGACGAUAGCCAAUUGAGAAGAAUCACGGACGAAGAAAUGCCAAGACCCAUUUCAAUAAUCAUUACGAGAGAAUUAACGCCUCAGGUUCUUGCGGAACUUGGAGUAUUUGAUCCUGUAAGAGAAAAAUUCUUGGAUCCGGAAACUGGUACCAUCUCUUCCUUCAACGAUCUAGUAUUGAACCUAAAAGUCUUCGAUCCAGACCGAGUACUCGUCAAGGAUCUAUCAUCCAAGACGGAUUUGUACGUGAAACUACGCGAGGCAAUCAGCCGACCUCUCGUAGACAGAAACGUCGCUUACAUGGUCGAUCCAAAGACCGGUAAAAAGAUACCUUUCUUCGAGGCGGUACGCUUGGGAUGGAUCAAGGAGGAAUCGGAAGACGAAACAGAUACAGAACAGUUUGCAGAACCGCAGGCUUUAGACUUGCAAGAAGCUAUCGAUAUUGGCGUGUGCAAUCCCAUCACAGGAACAAUUCAAGAUCCAAAAACGGGACAAGUGUUGUCCAUGAACGAAGCUAUUGAUACAGGACUCAUCGACGUUGAUGUGCUUGGCGUGAGAAAUCCAAUUACUGAUGAAAUCGUACCGUUUUCUGAAGCGUUGGAGACCGGCAUUGUAGAUCUUCACAAGGACAUUGUCAUGAAUACAGAAAUAAGAACGGAAAUCAAUAUUGCGACUGCGUUUUUACGAGGUCUAAUUGUACCCAUUUCUCGCAAACCGAUCUCGUUAGAAGCUAUUAUUAGGCAAGGUCAUUACGAUACUGAGACAGGAAAAAUACAAGAUCCUCUGACUAAACAAUUGAUUGACGUUGAGGAAGGUGUUCGUAGAAGUGUUGUUGAUGCUUUUAUCACCGAGGUUGAGGAUACAAAAGCCGGUUCAUCCGUCUCGUUGGAUGAUGCGCUGACUAUGAAUUUGUUGAUUCCCAGUACAGGUCGCUUGCGCGAUACGAAAGCGGGAGAGCUUCUGCCUUUGGACGUAGCGCUUCAUAAACGUUUAAUUAUCACAACACCAUUCGUGCCUUCGCUGAUUGACGCUAUUGUUCAGCAAUACUAUUCACCGAAAACCGGCCUCGUUCUGAAUCCAAUGACGGGUGAAGAUAUAACGCUGAAGGAGGCAUUAGCCAUUGGUUAUGUUAAUGGCUCUACUACAGUAGUAAAAGACGAUAGAAAAGAUAACGUUAUUUCUCUCAAUGAAGCAGAGGAAAAUAAGCUAAUAGAUUUAGUAAGAGGAACAUUGACUUAUCCGCAUUCUAUGACAUUGGACGUCGCCUUUGAAAAAGGAUACAUUUUGAGUACCGUAAAACCAUGGACGCUACAAGAAGCUUUAGCUCUUCAAAUUUAUGAUCCAAAGUUAGGCACUUUUAAUAUUGAUGGUAGUAAUUGUACUUUGGAGGAAGCGAUGGAGAAAGGCUUUAUUAGCAAAGACAGUCCAUCGAUUAAAGAUCCGAGAAACAACGAUAUUAUAUCUCUGGGCGACGCUAUUAAACAUGGCUUUAUCAACGCGAAGACCAGUACGGCAGUGGAUCCAUGUACCAGUGCGCCUCUUUCGUUAACUGAUGCUUUAGAUCGCGGCUUUAUAGUGCCAGCGAAACGUAAGAUAUCCCUACCCGACGCCGUCUUCAAAGGUUUAUACGAUCCCAAGACCGGACAAUUCACAAUACCUGACACGCAAGAGAAGCUUCCUACUGAUCGCGCGAUUAAGAUGGGUGUGAUAGAUGCAACUACCGCGAUCGUACGAGAUCCCAACGGCGACGUGAUGACAUUCAAUAAGGCUAUUAAGACCUCCAUAGUUGAUCCCAAAUCCGGAACAGUUAGUCAUGCCAGAGGACCGCCUGUAGAUUUCCAGGAAGCGCUGGAACGUGGUUUGCUCCUUGAAACAAGGAGACCUAUGAGCUUCAGUGAGGCAAUUUCAAAGGGCAUCCUCGAUGAGAGGACCAACAAAUUUUUAGAUCCGCAGACAGGAAUUUACCUAACAAUAUUGGAAGCUAUUCAAAAGAAUCUAAUAGACGCUGACUCGGUUACCGUCAAAGAUACGAGGUCCAGCAUCUGGAAAACGAUGACACUAAUGGAAGCUAUACAAUCUGACUACAUGGACGGCAUUACUGGCUACCUAAAAGAUCCCAACAAGGGUAACAGGAACGUAUCUCUGAGGGACGCCUUUGAAUCUGGUCUGAUUGUUGACAAUAGAGCAGCCGUGUCUUUACAGCGUGCUAUCCAUCAAGGAUUGUACGAUGAUAACACAGGCAAGAUCACUGAUCCCAGUACAGGUAGAGCCGUGACGUUGCAUGAAGCGAUGAGAAAAUGUGUAAUUAGCCCCACGUUACCGUGUUAUUGGGACAAGCGUGGAGAACGUUUGUUAUCGUUGGCGGAAACAUGUCGUGCUGGCGUAAUUGACAGGCGCACCGGCAUGUUCAAAGAACCCGGCACCAGUGGUUCAGUUUCAUUAUCGGUCGCGUUACAACUCGGUCUUAUUGUCGAUAUAGAGAGCAUGGGAUUUGGCCUAUAUGAGGCGAUAUUAAUGAAUAUGUACGAUGUUUCGUCAGGCAAAUUUAUACAUCCAACCAGCAACCGCAAGCUGACGUUAGCUGAGUCAUGCCAAGUGGAUCUAAUAAAUCCCUUGACAUCGAUUAUCAAGUGCACCAGGUCUAAUAAAUACAUCCCACUGGCCGAAGCAAUCUCCUCAGGCAUCGUCGAUGACAUUCGUGGCAUGUAUGUCAUCCGCGAGCUUGAUAAAGUAAUUAAUCUCCAAGAUGCAGCGAAGAAGGGCUUCAUCGUCACAUCAAAGACGCCUCUUUCGAUCGAGGAGACAAUCAAGUGCCACCUUUACCGUAGCGAUAGUGGUAAAUUUGCUAAUCCUGUUGUUAACGAAUAUCAUGACCUGCUUCAAGCGAUUAACUGCGGUCUCGUAGAUCCUGAUACUACCGCCUUAAAGGAUGCGACGACCGGACAGAUCAAGUCGCUAUUAAUGGGCAUCGAAGACGGGACGGUCGAUGUGUCUCGAGGAAGAAUAUUGGAUCCUAAGACGACACGCGCUUUUAAUAUCGAUGUAGCUUUAGAAAGAGGUCUGUUGGUCACAAUCGACAAACCUCUAGCGCAACAAAUAGCACAUAGAUCACCCUUAGAAGCCUCUAAAGCCGGACUUGGCGAUAAAAAUGUCAAAGAAUGCACUUUAGAAGAAGCGAUUAACUAUCAACUGAUUGAUCCGAAUAUGUCAGUUGUAAGAGACCCUAGAACUGGUCGAUUUGUGACGACAGCAAGAGCGAUUGCGGACGGUGUCGUAGAUCCUUCCGUCAGAGGCACGAUUGAACUGAACGGCGGAAGCAAAAGGGAACCGCGUUUCGUGCGUUUCGGUGAUGUCACCGUAUUCAUUAGGGAACCUUUCACUUUUGAGGAGGCAAUGGAGAAAGAGUAUCUGUCGCUAGAAUCGGGCAAAUUCACGGAUCCGAUCUCGAACGAACAAUUGACUCUAAAAGAGGCGGUCGGUCUCGGUAUCGUAGACUCGGACUCGGCGUUGAUUAAAGACUCGCAGAAGAAGAAACUGGUAAAAUUGCCGGAGGCGUUCCGUAAGGGCAUGAUGGACGCUGAGAAGGGCAAUGUGCUGGACACUGCUACGUCCAAGUUGUACAGUUUGCCCAAGGCUCUGGAAGCCAGCCUGUUGAUCACCCCGAGGAACGGCGUUUCGUUCAUCGAAGCGCUGCAGUUCAAUCUUUACAAUCCUACCACGGGCAGCUUUUAUGACCCCUUCGUUGUCACUUCCGUGUUAGAUCGUAGGCGCCUCACGCUGGCGGAUGCAAUCGAGUCGGGCCUAAUCGAUCCGUCCACCACCGUGAUUAAAGAUCCGUUCACGGGUAAUAUCGCGAGUCUGUUAGAAGCAAUGAGUAGCGGGAAGGUAGAUUCCAUAGGAGGCAGAUUAGUCGAGGACACUGAUGGCAAGAGUAUCGACUUCAUGAAGGCCUUGGAGCGGGGUUAUAUACUCGCCGCUGAAGCCAGGCAAGCGGUGGAGGAGAAGUACAAGCUCUGCGACGAAACACUAUCUAAGCUUCUACAAUGGGUCUCCGAAGUUGAGAACAGACUGGCGAAUCAAGAUACCGUCAAGGAAGACGUAGAGGAAUUGAGAAAACAGAUAAUUAUCAUGAAAGAAAUAAAGGAGGAUCUUGAAUCGCACAGUCGACCCGUAUCAUCCUGCCUAGAUCAAAUUCGACAAGUCGUCUUGACUGGCAGCAACGUGUUAUCUAGCGAUGAAGUGUCCACAUUAGAGAAGAAUGGUCGAUCUUUAAAAACUCGAUUCGACAAAGCAUUAGAUCGUACUGACAAAUUAGUGAAACGUCUUAUUGGUGCGAGAGAUGAACUGACAAAGUUCAAGAAUGAGCUGAUGACGUUCUCGAUUUGGUUGGACAAAGCCAGAAGCGUGCUCGAGGAUAAGGAGCGUUCCUUGUCCGAUCUGAACAAACUCAGUACCAGCACAGAUACAACUCGCGAUUUCAUCAGUGAUGUUAUUGCUCAUCAAGCAGAUUUGAGAUUUAUUACAAUGGCUGCACAGAAAUUCGUUGAUGAGAGUAAAGAGUAUCUCCAAGUUCUUAAUGACUUCAGGACCAGCUUGCCACAAAGAUUGCCACAUAAAGAGCCCACAGCUAGCCAAGAUUCACCGGUACGAGCCGAAGUAUCCAAUGCAACUGCUCGAUACAAAGAUCUAUUAUCUCGAGCGAAUCUCCUGUCAGACAGAUUGUCGGGAGUUGGCGGUAAACAGAGAGAUUAUCACGAUUCUUUAGACAAAGCUAGAACGUGGUUGAGAGACGUUGAGCCGAAAGUUAUCAGAGUUAUUUCCGAACCUGUUGCCGCGGAACCGAAACAAGUAGAGGAUCAAUUGAGCAAAGCUAAGGCGUUGAACAACGAAUUCCUUGCUAAUGAACGUCUAAUCGAUAAUGCUAAACACAGCGUUGAGGCGCUGUUACAUUCUUUGGAAGGCCAACUAACGAUCAACGAGGCUAGAGAGCUUGAGGAACCAGUAAGGGUAGUAGAAGAUAAGUACAAACAACUCAGUAAUGCUCUGGCUGAUAAAUGUCAAGAACUUGACACAGCGUUGGUGAGAAGUCAAGGAGUACAGGAUGCAUUGGACAGUCUGGUUGCAUGGCUGAACAAUGUUGAAAGUCAAUUUAAGUCGCUUCAACGUCCAGCAAGUUUGCAGAAGGAACGCUUGGAGGAACAGCAAAGAGAACAGCGAUUACUUCAAGCAGACCUAGAUAGUCAUCGUUUGAGCGUAGAAACAAUUACAGCGAACGCUCAGGAUCUGCUCUUGAAUUCGAGCAACGUUCGCAUUGCCAAACGUAUUGAAAGCAAGCUGAAGGAUGUGCAAAGUAGAUUUGAGAAAUUAAUGGAUAAAUCCUUGAGGCGCGGUGAAUUCCUGGAUGAAAUCGCGCAGGCCCUGAACGAGUUCCUCGGAGACGUGGCCAAGUUCGAGAGUUGGUAUGCGCAUAUGAUGGAAGUUCUCGAUUCGAGAGAUCUGAACAAACUUGACAUGUCAGAAUACGAGGCUAAGAUGGCUCAACUGAUUGACAUGCGCGAGGAUCAGCGCGGAAACUUCGAAGAUCUCAUACGUAAUGGAAAGAAUCUGAUUUCUAAGAAGGAUAUAACCGAAGCAGGCGCGAUUAGAGAUAAGAUCAAAGCACUCGAGUCUCAGUGGAAGGAACUGAACAAUCUGCUCGACGAGAAACAACGAUUGUGCAAAUCAAGGGCGGAGCAACACACAGCCUAUGAGAAAUUGCGGGAUCAAAUACUUGAUUGGCUUACUCGUACAGAAAACAAGGUGCAAGGACUUGAGCCGGUCGCCGUAGAUUUGGACAAAUUGAAAAUACAGCAAGAGGAUUUGAAGCCUAUACAAAAAGAAUAUCGCGAUUACGGCAAUACGGUUGAUAAAAUCAAUGAUCUCGGUAUUGCUUAUGACAGUUUGAUGAAGGAACGCGGCGAAAGUCCAACGCGUCGACGUGGCAGUGCUAGUCCGACGAAGAGACCAGUACUGCGAAUGUCACAAGACGGUCGCUCGCCGUCGCCCACUAAAUCCUACGCAGUUCAAAGUCCGGUCUCCCCAGGUGGUAGCAGUGGAUUCAGCAGCCGCCGUUCGAGCCAAGAUGGUUUCCAUCUCGAGGAAUUAUCGCCUGUUCAACAGCAACUUUCGGAAAUUAAUCACAGAUACGGAUUACUCGGUGUGAGAUUGUCGGAUCGCCAAACGGAGUUAGAUAAUAUUAGGGAGGAAUUGAAGAAACAUUUGGACCAUCUGAAAACACUUUCACAAUUCUUAGAUAAGAUUCAGCGGCAAUUGCCUAAAGAAAGCAUGCCCGCAACUAAAGAUGAUGCGGACAAAACGGUCAAACAAGUUAAAGUUCUCAUUGAAGAGAUGUACGAGAAGCAAUCUCUGCUGGAUAGUACUCGAACGCAAGUGCGUGAUUUGGUCAGACGUAAGAAAGGAGCUGACGGUGUGGAUAGAUUGAACGACGAGAUGGAAGACGUUGCUAGCCGGUGGAGAUCAAUUUCAGACAGAUGCAAGGAUCGAAUUAAAUUCCUAGAAGAUAUUAAAGAUUUUUAUGACACGUAUGAUGGUCUUAACUCUUGGCUUGGCGCUAAAGAGCGUAUGCUGGGCGCUUUAGGACCAAUUUCGGCUGACCCUCGCAUGGUCGCAAGUCAAGUGCAACAAGUACAGGUUUUGCGAGAGGAGUUUAGAACUCAGCAACCGCAAUUGGAUCAUCUCGUACAAAUCGGAGAAAGUAUCCUCGUCACGAUAUCCAUAGAUUCGAUAGAUGGUCAGAAAAUAAAUGCGAAAUUGCAGAGUAUUUUACAGAGAUGGGCAGAUCAAAUGGGAAGAUUAGACGAGAGGGCUCAGAGUUUAGGUGACGCUGUUGAUACUAGUCGUGAAUUCGAUGCCAGUCUUAACCGGUUGCGAGACGCUCUGCAAGGAAUCUCAGAUAAUUUAGACGAGUUGACUCUUGAGAAGGAUCCCGAAGAGCAGCUUCGUAAGAUCGAGAAUCUGGAAAGACAAUUGGAAGGUCAGAGACCAUUGUUAGCGGACGUGGAAAUGGCCGGUGCACAGUUGUGUGAGGUUCUAAGUGAUCCAGCAUCGAGAUCCGAGAUUCAAGGAAAGCUCGCCACAGUCGGCAAGAUGUACAAUAACUUGCAGAAGAAGCUGGAUCAUAGAAAAGCAGAAAUCGAAGGUAAUCUGCGAGAUGGAAGACAAUUCGAGGCCUCCUGUAGUAGAACUCUGGGAUGGCUCGCGGACGAACUUGGAAAUAUGUCUGAAAAACUGCUAGUGUCUGCUGAUAGAGAAAUACUGCAACAGCAACUUGAUCAUCACGAGCCCGUUUAUCGUAAUGUGAUGGGUAAAGAGCACGAAGUCAUAAUGCUGUUGAACAAAGGACGCGACAUACUUUCGCGGUCUCAGAAAACUGAAAAUCGUUCGCUUCAACGUGAUUUAGAUAAGAUGCAAUCACAGUGGGACCGUUUGAAGAAGGAUACUGUCGAAAGGCACACUCGAUUGCAGACCUGCGCGGAACAUUGCAAGAAAUACUAUAAAGCUCAAGAUGUAUUUCUUCCAUGGCUUCGACAAGCCGAGGAUAAAUUGGAUAGUUUGAUUCCCACCUCCUUUAGACGCAAGGACAUCGAGAAACAACUGAAAGAAUUAUCAUCGUUUAGGAACGAAGUAUGGAAACAUUCCGGAGAAUUCGAAAAUAAUAAGAUGUUAGGCGAGACAUUUGUCGGAGCUUGUGAUAUUGAUAAGCAAAAUGUAAAGAACGAGCUUAGUGCUAUGAAAACUAGAUGGGAUAAAUUAAAUAAUGACUUGCUGUCUAGAACGCAAUCUUUGGAAGAUACCGCACGUCACCUAAUGGACUUCAAUGAAAACUUACGCGAUUUGCAACACGGUUUACAACGUUGUGAAGAUAAGUUAGCUUCACAUGAUGCUCUUGGUGGAGCGGCUAAAGAUCCGAAACUUCUUGAUAGGAUAAAGAACUUGCGAGAGGAAACAACGAGCUUGAAGAAACCUUUGCAGUGUGUAAGACAACAGGCUAAUGAUCUUGUGAACAAAGCCGGCGAGCAAGGCGUCGAUGCGACACAUUUACAAGACGAAAUUGACAAUGUUACUGAUCGCAUUAACGAUCUGCAAGCGAAACUAGAUGACAGAUGCAACGAACUGCAAAGUGCAGCGACAGCGGUCGCGCAAUUUAAUGAUCAAGCGAAAUUGAUUAAUCAACAUCUGUCUGCUCUUGAAAAAGAUCUAGACUCCAUGAAAGCACCCGGUAGAGAAAUCAAGAUUGUAAGAGGACAAUUAGAGGAUAUUGCCAAGAUUGUUAGCAGAAUUAACAAACUCUAUGAAGAAAUUGGCGAUUUGGAGAAUCGUGGUGAACGUUUGGUUGAUUAUGGCUUCGCUGCUGACGCUGUAGCCACAAGAGAUCAGGUUGACGGAUUUAAACGGCAAAUUGGAAAACUGGAUGAGCGAGCGCGUAACAGAGAAGAUGAACUCACUUCUACUUUGAACAAGUUACAAGAGUUCUAUCAAUUGCACGCAAAUGUUAUGGAGGGUAUUAAUAAUGCAAACGAACAAGUCAGAAGAUUUAAACCUGUGGGAUCCGAAGUGGACUCUAUUAAAGCUCAGCAGGAGGACUUCAGAACUCUCAAAAUUAAAAGGAUUGAACCAUUAGCACACGCCGUUGAAGAUUGUAACGCGCUCGGUCAAAGCCUCAUACAAACUGCAGGACGAGAUGUCAAUACCAGUAAUAUCGAAAAAGACGUUGAUAAAAUGAACGAAAGGUGGAACGACUUAAAAGAUAGACUGAACGAGCGCGAUCGCAAGUUGGACGUUGGAUUAUUGCAGUCGGGCAAGUUCCAAGAGGCUUUAGAUGGUUUAGCGAAAUGGUUGACCGAUACGGAAGAAAUGGUUUCGAAUCAAAAGCCACCUUCUUCAGAUUACAAAGUCGUGAAGGCGCAACUGCAAGAACAGAAAUUCUUGAAGAAGAUGUUGAUGGACCGACAAAAUUCUAUGACGUCUCUCUACAAUAUGGGACGAGAGGUAGCCGCCGAUGCGGAUCCAAAGGAGCGUAAGGCUAUUGAGAAACAAUUGAAUGAUCUAGUGGGUAGAUUUGAUAAUCUGACGGAAAGCGCCGCGGAGAGGAUGGAUGCUCUUGAGCAAGCAAUGGUGGUAGCGAAGCGAUUCCAAGAUAAGUUAGUACCACUUACUAUCUGGUUGGAUAAGACGGAGAAGAAAGUCAGGGACAUGGAAUUGGUUCCUACCGACGAAGAGAAAAUACAACAGCGUGUCAAUGAACAUGAUAUACUUCAUGAGGAUAUUAUAUCGAAGACACCAGAUUUUAGCGAACUCACGGAGAUAGCUAGCCAACUUAUGUCGCUGGUAGGCGAAGAUGAGGCUACUACGUUGGCUGAUAAACUUCAGGAUGCAGCAGAUAGAUACGCAGCUUUGGUUGAACGAUCCGAAGCUCUCGGUAGCUUGUUACAACGUUCGAGACAAGGCUUACGUCAUUUAGUUCUCACGUAUCAAGAUUUACAAGCAUGGAUGGAGAACAUGGAGAUCCGAUUGUCGAAGUAUCGCAUAUUGGCUGUACAUACGGAGAAGCUUUUACAACAAAUGGAAGAUCUCGCGGAUCUUACAGAAGAAGUAUCCACGCGACAAACGGAAGUCGACAGUACCGUUGAUUCCGGCCUAGAACUGAUGAAACACAUCUCGAGCGACGAAGCACUUCAACUGAAGGACAAGUUGGACUCUCUGCAACGACGGUUUAACGAUCUUGUCACGCGCGGCUCAGAUCUUUUGAAACAUGCCCAAGAGUCCUUACCAUUGGUGCAACAAUUCCAUGAUAAUCACAAUCGUCUGAUGGAUUGGAUGCAAGGCGCGGAGGCUGCUUUGCAGUCCGCCGAACCUCGUGAGGAAGAGAUUAUCCGACUUGAGAUGGAGAUAUCGGAAUAUAGACCCGUUUUGGAUAAGAUCAACGCUGUGGGCCCGCAGCUGUGUCAAAUGUCGCCGGGAGAAGGUGCUGCGACAAUCGAAGGUCUCGUAACCAGGGACAACAGGCGAUUCGAUGCAAUUGCCGAACAGAUCCAAAGAAAGGCAGAAAGAAUUCAAUUGAGCAAACAGCGAUCUUUGGAGGUGAUUGGCGAUAUCGACGAUUUGCUCGAUUGGUUCAGAGAAGUGGACAAUCAACUUCGAGAGGCUGAGCCGCCCAGCAGCGAGCCUGAAAUUAUUAGAGUACAAUUGAAAGAACAUAAAGCGCUUAAUGAUGAUAUAUCCAGUCAGAAAGGUAGAGUCCGUGACGUUAUUUCGACUGCAAAGAAAGUAAUACGCGAGAAUGCUCAGCACGAAGAUACAUCUACUAUCAGAGAUAAGAUGGAGGACUUGCGCGAAACAAUGGAAAUUGUAUCGGCUUUAUCAACAGACAGAUUGGGAGCUCUCGAGCAAGCUCUACCAUUAGCAGAACAUCUUCGCGAUACUCACGCUGGCCUGGUCAGCUGGCUCGAGGAGGCUGAACAACAAGUCGCUAUGUUACCUAUGCCUGCACUGCGGCCCGACUUGAUAGCGGCGCAACAGGACAAAAAUGAGCUUCUUAUACAGAGCAUUAACGAGCAUAAACCUCUAGUGGAGAAGCUCAAUAAGACCGGUGAAGCGCUCAUCAAGUUGUGCAACGAAGAAGAAGGUAUAAAAGUGCAAGACAUCUUGGACAAUGAUAACGCUCGCUAUGCGGCAUUGAGAGCUGAGCUAAGAGGCCGGCAACAGGCGUUGGAGCAGGCACUGCAGGAAUCCUCUCAGUUCUCUGAUAAACUGGAGGGUAUGCUGCGUGCAUUGUCUUCUACCGCCGAUCAGGUGAACGGCGCUGAACCCAUCAGUGCUCAUCCGCCUCGUUUACGCGACCAGAUGGAAGAAAAUGCUGCCUUAGCAGACGAUCUUGCUCAAAGAUCCGAGGCUUACGCGGCUGUUAAAAAAGCAGCGGACGAUGUGAUCAGCAAGGCCGGCAACAGGGCCGAUCCGACAGUGAAAGACAUCAAACGCAAGCUGGAUAAACUUAACAGAUUAUGGACCGACGUCCAAAAGGCCACGACCGAUCGCGGUCACACUUUAGAUGACACUCUAGCCGUCGCUGAAAAAUUCUGGGCCGAGCUGAACGGAGUCAUGGCCACUCUGAGAGAACUACAAGAUGCGCUGGCUGGACAGGCACCACCGGCGGCUCAACCAGCUGCUAUCCAGCAACAGCAAGUAGCGUUGCAAGAAAUUCGACAAGAGAUCGAUCAGACUAAGCCAGAUGUCGAGCAAGUCCGAACAUCAGGACACGAAUUGAUGGGCUUAUGUGGCGAGCCGGAUAAACCUGAAGUACGAAAGCACAUCGAAGAUUUGGAUCAGGCUUGGGAUAACGUCACCGCUCUGUACGCCAGACGCGAGGAGAAUUUGAUCGACGCCAUGGAGAAAGCGAUGGAGUUCCACGAGACGCUACAGAACUUGUUGGAGUUCUUGCAAGAGGCCGAAGAUAGAUUUGCAGAGAUGGGCCCGCUUGGCAGUGAUAUUGACGAGGUGAAGAAGCAGAUCAAGCAGCUGGCCAAUUUCAAGGCCGAGGUGGAUCCGCAUAUGGUGAAAGUCGAGGCGUUGAACAGGAGUCUGACAAGACAAGCAGCUGAAUUAACGGAAAGAACAUCUUCCGAACAAGCAGCAGCCAUCAAGGAACCGCUCGGUGCCGUGAAUAAACGGUGGGAUGGAUUACUGAGAGGCUUAGUGGAAAGGCAGCGAUUACUGGAGAAUGCGUUAUUGCGACUCGGUCAAUUCCAGCACGCUUUGGAUGAACUAUUAGUAUGGAUCGAGAAAACUGAUAAGACAUUGGAUAAUCUCAGACCAGUGGCAGGUGAUCCACAAGUAAUCGAAGUUGAGUUGGCCAAGCUGAAGGUCCUGGUAAACGAUAUACAAGCUCAUCAGACGAGCGUCGACACUCUAAAUGAUGCUGGACGACAAUUGAUUGAGGAUGGCAAAGGUACUGCAGAAGCGUCUACUACAGCCGACAAACUAGGCACUUUGAAUCGUCGUUGGCGAGAUCUACUGCAACGCGCCGCUGAUCGCCAGCGAGAACUAGAAGAUGCCUUACGAGAGGCACAAUCCUUCACCGCUGAGAUACAGGACUUGUUGUCGUGGUUAGGCGACGUGGAUAACAUGAUAGUAGCAUCCAAGCCAGUUGGUGGAUUACCCGAGACUGCAUCCGAACAGUUGGAACGCUUUAUGGAGGUGUUUAACGAAUUGGAACAAAACCGUCCGAAAGUCGAAACGGUGCUGCAACAAGGACAGGAAUAUUUGAAGAAAGCGGAUACGAGCAGUGCCGGUGGAUUGAAUCACAAUCUGCGAACGUUGAAGCAAAAAUGGGACAAUGUGCUUUCGCGCGCUAGCGAUAAGAAGAUAAAGUUAGAAAUUGCUCUGAAGGAGGCCACUGAGUUCCACGACGCGUUACAAGCUUUCGUCGAUUGGCUAACAAAUGCUGAAAAGAUCCUGACGAAUCUUAGACCGGUCUCGAGGGUCAUGGAAACUAUACUUCAACAAAUCGAGGAACACAAAGCCUUCCAAAAGGACGUCGGCGUCCAUCGCGAAACUAUGCUAAAUCUCGAUAAAAAAGGAACCCAUCUCAAAUACUUCUCUCAAAAACAAGACGUGAUUCUUAUAAGAAACUUGCUCGUGAGUGUGCAACACAGAUGGGAACGAGUAGUUUCCAAGUCAGCCGAGAGAACGAGGGCUCUAGAUCACGGUUACAAGGAAGCUAGAGAAUUCCACGACAGCUGGUCGAACCUGAUGAACUGGUUGGAUGACACCGAGAAGACUUUAGACGAAGUCGCUGCCGACGGACUUGGCGGCAAUGAUCCAGACAAAAUUAAAUCCCGUCUUAACAGACACCGUGAGGUACAAAAGGCACUGAGUGCUAAGCAGAGCACGUACGACAAUACCAUGAAGAACGGCAAAACGUUGAAAGACAAGGCACCGAAAUUCGAUGAACCUGCCUUGAGGGAACUUCUAAAUGAAUUGAAAAAUAAGUGGACUACGGUCUGCGGUAAAUGCGUGGAUCGUCAACGAAAACUGGAGGAAGCUUUACUAUUCUCCGGACAAUUCAAGGAUGCGAUUCAGGCACUGUUGGAAUGGUUGAGCAAGACCGAAAAAUAUUUGGCCAAUCCUGGACCACUUUACGGUGACUUGGAUACGGUAACCAAUUUAGUGGAGCAACAUAGGAACUUUGAAAGAGAUCUGGAGUCACGCGCCUCACAAAUGGAAUCCGUCAUUAAAACUGGUCGCGAAUUGGAAUCUAAAGCCUCCAUUGAGGAUGCGUCAAUGAUCAGAUCACAGCUGUCGGAAUUAAACAGUCUCUGGGAUAGAGUAACUAGUCUCUCGACGAAAAAGUCCAGACUAUUGGAAGAAGCUCUUAGAGAGGCCGAACGGCUUCAUAAAGCCGUUCACGUGUUACUGGAAUGGUUGAGUGACGCGGAGAUGAAGCUACGAUUCGCUGGACCGCUGCCGGAAGACGAGCAGGAGAGCAGGAACCAAUUAAUGGAGCAUCAGAGAUUCCUCCGCGAGUUACAAACUAAGGAAAUUGAAAAAGACAACACAUUAGAGUUGGCACAUAUUAUUCUUGGAAAAGCGCAUCCUGACGGUGCCGCAGUUAUCAAACACUGGAUCACAAUUAUUCAAUCUAGAUGGGAAGAAGUGGCAACAUGGGCCUAUCAAAGGAACCAAAGACUGGAAAAUCAUAUGCAGGGACUGCAGGAUCUUGAUAAUCUUCUCGAAGAGUUAUUAGCCUGGCUUGAAGGUUUGGAGAAUACUUUGAAUGCCUUAGAAGCGGAACCUUUGCCCGAUGAUAGAGCUACGCUCGAAAUGCUUAUCGCGGAUCACAGAGAAUUCAUGGAGAACACCAGCCGAAGACAAAACGAGGUUGAUCGCGUGUGCAAAGCCCGACAAAUUAAGCCAAUAAAAGACGCGAGGAAAAUAUCGAAAGUCAGAUCACCAGCACCUACUAAGGAUCUCUAUCAGGAUAACGAGCAUGAGCAGCCUCAGCCUCGUAAACAAAGCCGAGGCAGCCCAGGUCGUGACAGAACACCAGAUCUUUCAUUGCCACACAUCGGUCCACGCUUCCCACCCAAAGGAAGCAAAGGAGCCGAGCCGGAAUUCCGCAGUCCGAGAGUUAAGCUUCUCUGGGAUAAGUGGCGUCACGUUUGGAUGCUAGCGUGGGAACGACAACGCCGUUUGCAGGAUAAAUAUAAUUACAUUCAAGAGCUGGAUCGCGUUGCUAACUUUAGCUGGGAAGAUUGGCGCAAACGGUUCUUGAAAUUCAUGAAUCAUAAGAAGUCCAGACUAACGGAUCUAUUCAGGAAAAUGGAUAAGAAUAAUGAUGGACUUAUACCGAGGGAAGACUUCAUUCAAGGAAUUAUGAACACCAAAUUUGAGACUUCCCGUCUGGAAAUGGGAGCUGUUGCCGAUCUCUUCGAUCGUCACGGCGAAGGCUUGAUAGAUUGGAAGGAGUUCAUCGCCGCUCUGCGACCCGACUGGGAAGAACGACGCACCUACAACGACACGGACAAGAUACAUGAUGAAGUUAAACGGUUAGUUAUGCUGUGUACCUGUCGCCAGAAGUUCCGCGUUUUCCAAGUUGGCGAAGGAAAGUACAGGUUUGGUGAUAGUCAGAAACUACGAUUGGUUCGAAUCUUACGUUCCACUGUUAUGGUACGCGUCGGUGGAGGCUGGGUAGCGUUAGACGAGUUUCUUCUAAAGAACGAUCCAUGCCGCGUUUUUCUAAUGCCAAUACCGGAUCCUAACAAACCGGAACAACAUGAGGGUUGGUGUCCGCUCGCCAAGGGAAGAACGAAUAUCGAGCUGCGGGAGCAAUUUAUACUGGCGGAUGGUGUUAGCCAGACUAUGACAGCCUUCCGUUCCAAGCCGAGUCCGACCUCGACGCUGCAGCGUACGCAAAUGUCCUCCACGAAUGCUGGACCAAUCACCAAGGUGAGAGAACGCAGUGCUCGCAGCGUACCUAUGGGUCAGUCGCGAGCUUCGCGUUCAUCUUUGAGCGCUGGCACGCCUGACAGCCUUAGCGACAACGAAAGUUCCUUCAAGAUAUCUAGAAAAACCAGUACGCCUUACAGAUCUACCAUGACGCCUGGUGGUAGCCGUCCAUCUAGCAGGCCAGCAUCAAGACCUGCCUCUCGACCAGCCAGUAGACCGAGUAGCCGACCUGCGUCGAGACAAGGAAGCAAACCGCCUAGUCGAUAUGGAUCAACGCAGUCGUUGGAUGACGAUUCAUGCACCCCAAGUCGCAUUCCGCGAAGGACUAUCAUAGGCUCCGGUAAUACUCCGACGUCCAGUAGACAUAACAGUGUAUCUGGUAGAAAACUUACAACUCCGAUGAACGGAUCGAGCUCUAGACCCCGCACUCCAACGGGAUUAAUCAGCCCCGCCAGCGGAGUACCCUCUAGGUUUGGCUCAAUCCAUAGAGCUUCGAGCAUUCCAACCCUGACUGGUGUCGGAACACCUAUCAGCCGCUCUAGGAUUCCCGUAUAUGUGGGGGUGGAUAUAAAAUCUCCUCAGUCGACCACCAGCAAUAUGUCGACUCAUUCAACACAAAGCAACCAUUCUACGAUUUCUACUGAUUCCACUGGGAGCAGUUCCCUGUGUACCAAUUCAGCAACUAAUAUACCAACAGCCAUUAAGCAAGCUAGGGUACGUACACCGUCCAGUGGAUCCAGCACACCACUACCGCCGUCUUCAAAAUUAUCGAGGAAACCUUCCGGAGCUUCCGACACGUCGGUGUCGGGAAUGACUCCGAUCACACGAAAAGGAAAGCCCACACCGAUCGAACAGCGCGCGCCGUUCCGAUUGUAAUAGCUUAUUAACGGAUACUUAUAGCUUGUAAAAUCAGCGUAUUAUACCCGAGAAAAUAUAAAGAUAAAUAUAAAAUAUCCCCGCCAAAUUUAAGAAUGAUCGGUAUUGCAGGGAACAUAUGAGAAUAGGUUAUUGUUGUUGUAUAUCGAGGGAGAAGAGCGCGUGUAAUAUGUGAAUGGUAAAUUAAAUGCUGGAUCAAAAUUUCGUAGAAGGCAAAUGAUGAAUCUAGGAGUUACGAUUUUAUCAUUCAUAUUUCGUUGAAUCCGCCAAGUACUGAAUGCCAUUAAAAUUACAGAUACCAAUGAGUAUUUUAUACUCUCUUAGGGUAAGGGAUUACAGUUGGGGAAAUUUAUUUAUUUCAUGCCCGCGUUAGAAAGUGCUUAAAGCGUCUAUCUAGUUUAUGAUAACACAUGACAGUGAAAUAAAUUAUUGUUAUAAAUACCAUAAUCUGGUAUUACCAAGAGUGCAGGGUAAUGCUGUAUAAUUGAAAAUAUUUAGGUGAAAUAUAACAAUAUCUUCACUGACUUUCUCGAUAAGGACAAUACUAAAAAGAUUUUAGCGAAAAAAAAUCAGCGUUAUAUGUAUAAUAAUUACGCUUAUGUUUCAUAUAUAUAACUAGAUGCCUGUGUAAUUACUUUUAUAUAAUUUAAUAUAGUUUGCUCAUUUUGCACGCAUAUCUUUGCGUGCUUUAUAUACCGCGUAAAUUAUUGAGGGUUUUCUUGAUAAAAAUUUUUGAGCUAUAUAUUUGAGCAAAUUAUAUACGCGGAGACAUUAAUUUAUUUAAUAUUUUUUGCUUGACUUAUUGUAUUCAUAUGAUGUAAUUAAUGUCUAAUUCGCAUUUGUUAAAAAAAGGAAGAAUCUUGUAUGCGAUUUUAGAUUAUAUGAUACAGAUUGUAAACUGAAUUCAUUUUUGUUAUCCGUUUCGCAAAUUGCACCGUACAUAUUUUCGAUUAGUUAUGUAUUUGUAAAAAUCAGAUUAAAUAUUAUUUUUUUAUUUUUUUUUAUUCUACGCCGAUUGAGUAACUAUGUGAAACCGUGGAUAUUGAUCUGCAAUCUUUACAAAUCUGCUCGAUAUUACUUUUAAACAUAUUUUGAUAUAUUUAUGUUGUUGCGAAACGGAAUAUCUCGUUGCUUUGUGAAGAAAUAUGUACGACAGUAAUCAAAUGUAGAUUAGAAUUAUGCACAAAUUUAGUCCUGGAGCGGUCGCUUUGAAAAAGUGCAAUUUUUCAUAAAAUUAUAUCUAUGAAAUUUUUUUAAAUACAUUUUUCACGCGUCAAUACAUAUUUUAUGUCGUUUGUUAAGCUUGAAAUUAAUUAUGAAAAAGGCUGAGAUCAUACACGUGUCCGCUCUAAGAUUAAUGUGCGAUAUGCUUUUGUUACAUGUUUGCGAAUCGAUUUAUCGAUUAAUGAUCAAUUAAUAGAUAAGUAAAUAAUUAUUAUAAUUAUAAUUACAUAAUUAUAUAAAAUAUAUAAUUAUUAAUUAUAAUUGAUUAAUGAGAGAUUUAAGAGUUCGGGGGAACAUACCUAACAGCGUUAAAAUAAAAAAAAAAAGAGAAAACUCUAUACGUGUGAAUAGUUAAGUAAAAUAUAUUCCAUUGCGCGAAGUGUGGCCUGUUAGGUGACGGGUAGAAAAGAGAAACUCUGAAAAAAAGACAUUUCCAUUUUUUUUACAUAUAUACUUUUAGAUGCGAUUAAUGUAACGGAGAUAUGACUCGCUGCCUCUUAUAAAUAUUACGUAAUGCGAUUAAUCUUAUUAACAACUUCUCAACGUAUGAUUUUUGUUUCUUUUUCACUUACAGAGAAGUGCUGUAUGAUGCUAAUAUUAAUAAUAAUAAUGAUGAUGAAACAGUGACAAAAAAAUAUAACAGACACUCGCACAUGAUAUUUUAAUAAGAAACAUACUCUCGACCCGUUUUAUUUCUAUUUUUCAUUUUUAGGCGACUGUCGCGCAUCAUGCAAAUGUAAAGAAAAAUGUAUAUACGAUAUUGGUACGUACAUAUAAUUUUUUCCGUACGUUCUGAUUGAAGUCAUGGUGUGUCAUGAUCAGGACACGAAUCCUGCUGUUGCUUGCGUCCUCAUGCCUAAAUUAAGCAUAACUAUUUAGAUACACAGCGAUCAUGCGAGAACGGAUGGGGUUUUCCUGAAACGGAAAUAUUCGUUCCUUCAGUGUUGACUGACGGUCGUAUUGUAUAAUAUAUCAAGCAGAUAUAUUUCGGAAGGAUCCGGUGAAAGAAGUGACGCUUUUGAUUGCACGCUGCGUUGAUAAGGUUUACCAAGUAUCUGGACUGACGAUGUGCCGACUGACACCGCGCAUACGACUUGUAGAUGUGUAAUUUACGAAGGUACACCCGUGUGCAGGUCUAAAUGAGUUUCGUGCAGUUUUUUUUUAUAAACGCUCGGGUCUACACUUUUAAGAUACCUACGUUAAUGCGCCCGUUGUAUAAUUGACCGUUUUAAUCGAAAUAAAUAUGUUUUUGCACUGAGAAGACCGAGGACGAGACACGAAUAUACGGAUGUCGGUGUGGUAUGUGCAAGAGAUCACUGUCAAAAGAAUGUGUAAAGUAUCAGAAUGGUGUUUCUUUACCAUACA